AGGCACAGUCAUGGUUGAAAAGGCUUUUGUUUUCUCAUGCUGAAUGUUUUCAGAUUCAAACCUUUUGGUUUGUUUUCUUUUCCUAUAUUUUCUCGGCAACCAAACAGCACAUACAAUACACCACCUAUACAUAUAUAUCUCGAUAUAGAUCAACACAGUAAUGUUGGGUGUUGUAAGGCGAAGAGUUGGUUCCCGCAGCUCUGCUUCGUUUUUGGGGCAGUCAUUGCAGGCGAGUCGGCCUGUGGGGUCUACUUCUAGAGUUUCCUCCCUUGCAGACAAAAAGAUUUUACUUCAAACGAGAGGAGUUGGACAUGUACGGGAUUUUUGUCACUGCAUUUUACCUGGUGGCUCGGUUAGUUUAAGGCCAAUGAGGGAAGUUGCCGGUAUUCAGCAAGAAGCAACAAUGCAAAUGCAGAGCAGGCCGUUUUCUUCAGACAAUGGUGAUUUGGUUGAUGCUGUUGUCCCUUUCAUGGGUGAAUCCAUUACUGAUGGCACUCUGGCAAAUUUUUUGAAGAAUCCUGGUGACAGGGUAGAAGUUGAUGAGCCAAUUGCUCAAAUCGAAACAGAUAAGGUGACAAUUGAUGUUGCUAGUCCUGAAGCAGGUGUGAUCCAAAAGUUUGUAGCCAAGGAAGGAGAUACUGUGGAACCAGGUACCAAAAUUGCUGUGAUUUCAAAGUCCGCUGAAGGCGUAGCUCAUGUUGCUCCAUCUGAGAAGGCAUCAGAGAAAGCAGCUUCCCUGCCAUCUCCUCCUGCUGAGAAGAUUGUGGAGAAGCAAAAGCCUAAAGUGGAAACUGCUCCUAUUACUGAGAAGCCUAAAGCACCUUCUCCACAACCUCCCAAACGCUCAGCUACAGAACCUCAGCUUCCCCCUAAAGAAAGGGAAAGACGAGUUCCUAUGACAAGACUUCGGAAACGGGUUGCUACACGAUUGAAAGAUUCUCAAAACACAUUUGCAUUGUUAACAACAUUCAAUGAGGUUGAUAUGACAAAUUUGAUGAAGCUCCGUUCUGAUUACAAGGAUGCUUUUGUCGAAAAGCAUGGAGUCAAGUUGGGACUUAUGUCGGGAUUUGUGAAAGCUGCUGUCAGUGGACUCCAAAAUCAGCCUAUUAUAAAUGCGGUCAUUGAUGGGGAUGAUAUCAUCUAUCGAGAUUAUAUAGAUAUUAGUAUAGCCGUUGGUACACCAAAGGGCCUUGUUGUGCCAGUUAUCCGCAAUGCUGAAAAAAUGAAUUUUGCUGAGAUUGAGAAAGAGAUCAACACGCUAGCAAAGAAGGCAAAUGAUGGAUCUAUAUCCAUUGAUGAGAUGGCUGGAGGUUCAUUUACAAUAUCUAAUGGUGGUGUUUAUGGAAGCCUUUUGAGUACCCCCAUCAUUAAUCCGCCUCAGUCAGCGAUAUUGGGUAUGCACUCGAUAGUGACCCGUCCCAUGGUUGUUGGAGGCAACAUAGUCCCAAGGCCAAUGAUGUACAUAGCUCUAACCUAUGAUCAUAGGUUGAUUGAUGGAAGAGAGGCAGUUUUUUUCUUGCGACGCAUCAAAGAUGUUGUAGAGGACCCUCGUAGGCUUCUCCUUGACAUAUGAGGACUAUACUGCAGCUGGUAUGUGAUUGUGGUUUUUCUGGUAUACCUGGAAUUGGAUAUACUUUUGAGUGUAUUGAACCAAAAAUAAAUGUCUUGCAAUUCUAGUUUUAUAGGGUUUCAUUAGUUAGUUUAACCCUUUAGCGGGUUCUAAAUAUGCGGCUUGAUAUGAUUGAUUUUGAAAUGAGAGAAGCAUUUUCUAUUCUAUUUCAUGUUGGACAGGGAUACUAAGUUCUGGUCAAAAGUUUGUAUUUUAAGGAAUUAUAUUUUAAAGAAUCAUCCUUCAAAUAA